AUGACUCCUCGCAAUAUCUUGUAUACGGAGUCGGAGCAUCAAAGCCCAUUCAGCCGCUCCUUUACCUCCAGUUCGCCAAUUGCCGCUUCGGCUAUUGCACGCGACCUUGCCCACUACGACGACGAUGACUCCUCAGACAUUGACGACGAAACUUCAGGCUCUUCAACCGUGCGCCCAUCUAGUAGCCAUGCCGGCACAAAUCCUCACUCUUUGGCUGGAUCUUAUCGCCGUCCCAGUCAUUUCACUGCUGGCAGCCAUGCUACAGUGAUUUCUAAUAGCGGCCAUGCGCAGCUGACAGAUACCGAGCGCGAACGAGCUAUCAGAGCCGAGGAGGAUCUUCUUCACGAUAACUUUGUCAUUCCGACACCUAAACACAAAAUCAGCAGUGCCAUCUCUCACAAAUCUUCGCGCCAUUAUGAUUCUGUGCGCAGCUCGAAUGGCGCUGGUCCACUCGAUACCACACCUCUGCUCGGCGAUGAUGAUGGUAUACCACCGGAGGAUAUUGAUCGCAAAUGGGAAGAGGCAGUGAUAGCAGGCUUGAUCAACACGACGUGGAAGCGGGAAACAAAGGUGAUCAUUCAAUAUUCCUUGCCGUUGAUGGUGACAUUUUUACUUCAAUACUCGUUGACUGUAGCGAGUAUUUUCACAAUCGGACACUUGGGUAAGGAAGAACUUGGUGCCGUCAGUCUGGCCAGUAUGACCGUAAACAUCACCGGAAGCGCAGUCUUUUCUGGUCUCGCGACGAGUCUGGAUACGUUGUGUGCGCAGGCGUAUGGAUCUGGAAAGAGGAAGCUUGUAGGCCUGCAGAUGCUCCGCAUGAUAUUCUUCCUUUGGCUUAUUUGUAUCCCAAUCGCCGUGCUCUGGUAUUUCUCGGAGCAUAUUUUGCUCUUGAUUGUUCCGGAGGAGGAGGUGGCUAGAAUGGCCGGUCUGUAUCUGAAGGUAGCGCUUCUCGGCACACCGGGGUACGCUUGCUUCGAAAGUGGUAAGCGGUACCUACAAGCACAGGGAAUUUUCUCUCCGUCUUUAUACGUGCUGCUCGUUUGUGCCCCGUUGAAUGCGUUCAUGAACUGGUUUUUUGUCUGGAAACUGCAAUGGGGUUUUAUUGGCGCCCCUAUCGCUGUGGCCAUUACGGAGAAUCUGCUCCCAAUUUGCCUCUUUACGUGGGUCUACUUCCGAGUCGGCUCUGAAUGCUGGUGUGGCUUCACCAAGCGCGCCUUUGAAAAUUGGGGCCCCAUGAUCCGUCUCGCCCUGCCAGGAUUGAUCAUGGUGGAGGCGGAAUGUCUGGCAUUUGAGGUUCUGACUCUGGCAUCAAGCUACCUCGGCACGUCCGCACUCGCUGCACAGUCUAUUCUUGGUACAAUCUCGAGCAUAACCUGGCAAAUCCCCUUCCCACUAUCCAUUGCCGGCAGCACCCGUAUUGCAAAUUUGAUUGGCGCCUCUCUGGCCGAUGCCGCAAAGACGACGGCAAAGGUCAGCUUCUGCGGAGCCGCCAUCGUCGGUAUUUUCAACAUGGUCCUCCUCUCGACGCUGAGAUCUUAUAUCCCCAUGCUUUUCAGCUCCGAUCAAGAAGUCAUCGAUCUGGUCGCACAGGUUCUUCCAUUGUGUGCUGCAUUCCAGCUCUUUGACGCCCUGGCCGCGAAUUGUAAUGGUAUUCUCCGUGGUCUGGGUCGCCAGGAGAUUGGAGGCUAUAUUCAACUUUGCUGCUACUACAUCAUCGCCAUGCCAAUCAGUAUGGGAACAGCCUUUUAUUUAGGCUGGGGUUGUGAGGGUCUCUGGACAGGUGUUGCCAUUGCUCUCGGCCUUGUCUCUGCGAUUGAAGCUUUGUUUAUUUGUCGGAUCAAUUGGCAGCGCUCGGUUGAUGAGGCAAUGGAGCGGAAUGAGUUAACAUAG